AUGGACGAACAUAAAAAAUUCCUAGCAGAUCGUCUGCUUAGCGAAGAGCGACCGAUCACAUAUCGGCUCCUGAGUAGAGCUCUAGAUGUACAUGUCAACACCGCGAAGGAGAUGCUCUAUGACUUUCACAAUUGCCAGAACACUCAAAAAGCCAACUCUGUUCAUGCAACCUAUCUGGUAUAUGGCACCAAGAGUCCGGCCAAUGAUCAAUCCGACGAUGAUGUGGAAAUGACAAGUUCAAUGCCAGAGCCAGAAGAAGCUCCAGUUUCCACUUUGACCCUGGUGCGUGAAGAAGAACUUAAUGAUAUCUUGGCUGCAUACCAGGAAGUGACUUCGAUUCACGUCUACAGCCUUGCGCCACAUCCCCAAAAAGACUUUUCUCUGCUGUCAGACCUCACGACACAACUUUCGGAGUAUGCGACAGAUGGAGACAUCACUGCUGGAUCCAAGAAGUACGGAGUCAUUAGUAACCCGAGUGCUCGACGAAGGGAAAGAAAGGGCCGUCCUCAAGCACCUGCCUCAGUCCCAUCCAAAUCUGACAAGAAAGAAGCAAUUGUUGCAAACCAAGCGCCAACCGCAAAACCUAAGCAGGAAGCUUCGGCCGCUUGGCCGGAGGCAAAGCACACCAAGACCGCAAAGCAGGAAUCAUCAGCACCCCCGUCUAAAGAGGGGACUACUGCCACUAGCAGUGGAAAGAAACCAACAGCGGCUCUUAAGCGAGGCGCAUCGGGUGGCAUCAUGCAGUCGUUUGCAAAAGCGGCCGCUAAGCCAGCUAAACCUAAGCCAGCUCCCAAAAAGGAGGAGGACUCAGUCAUGGCUCUGUCUGAUGACGGGGAGGCCGAUGAUGAUGAUAUUGUUGCGACCAAGUCAAGCUCGAAGCCUGCAGCAGACUCAUCGGAAAUCAAGAGAAGGCGCCAGGAGCGAGAGGAUGCAUUGCGAAAAAUGAUGGAGGAUGACGACGAAGAGGAAAAAGAGUCCGACAAGGAGUCUGAACAGGUCGACGAAGAGAUGGAGGAGGCGCCGGAGCCAGAGCCGGAACCUCAGGCGAAGACUGAAGAGAAGGAACCCGCCGAAGUUGUUUCUAGCACUAGUAAUGGGCGUAGGAGGGGCAGGAGACGAGUGAUGAAGAAGAAGCGAAUUCUCGACGAUCAGGGGUACAUGGUCACGAUUCAAGAGCCAGGCUGGGAAUCAUUCUCAGAGGAUGAGGCUCCCCCGCCUGCGAAGAAAACCGCCCCAGCACUCACCCCGUCAUCGUCCACUGGAUCCAAAGCGAAGAAGCCGGCACCUAAGGGCCAGGGAAAUAUCAUGUCCUUCUUCACAAAGAAGUAG